AUUUUUAGCCCUAAACCCUUCAACUAUUUGAAUUAUUUGAUUUUUUUUUUUUUUUCCACAAACACCGCUCUGGGCUCUGGUAGAGCGAGCGAGUUGAAUUCAUCCCGCUGUAUUUUUUUUUUUUUUAUGGCGUUUUCGUGGCGGGUUGGGAAGAAAAACCCCCAAAAAACUCGAGGGAAGCGAAGGAAUCCUUGGUGUGGCAGGGAGUGCAGAUCCAGAGGAGUUUUCCCGUCCCACGUCAGAGCUGUGCUGGGAAGGGAGGACAGCGGCGCUGGGAGCGGCUGCGGACGGGGAUCCAGGCGCCAGAGCUGGCCAGGAUGGGACCAUUCUGGGACAGACUGAGCCCAGCGCUUCUCUGUUCUAACUGAGCAGCCCUUAUGACCAACAUGAGCUGGAGCUUCCUCACCCGCCUGCUAGAAGAGAUUCACAACCACUCCACCUUCGUGGGGAAGGUCUGGCUCACCGUGCUCAUCGUCUUCCGCAUCGUCCUGACGGCGGUGGGGGGCGAGUCCAUCUACUCCGAUGAGCAGAGCAAGUUCACCUGCAACACCAAGCAGCCGGGCUGCGACAACGUCUGCUACGACGCCUUCGCGCCGCUCUCCCACGUCCGCUUCUGGGUCUUCCAGAUCAUCAUGAUCUCCACGCCCUCCGUCAUGUACCUGGGCUAUGCCAUCCACAGGAUCGCCCGCUCGGCCGAGGAGGAGGAGAAGCUCAAGGGCUUCAAGAAGAAGAAGCAGUUUGCCCUCAACUGGCAGGCCGUGCGCAACAUGGAGGACGCCAUGGAGGCCGAUGAGGAGGAGCCCAUGAUCUCCGACGACGCGGCCGAGCACGACAAGGCCAGCAAGGCCAAGCCCAAGUGCAAGGAGCAGCAGAAGCACGACGGGAGGAGGCGCAUCCAGCAGGAGGGGCUGAUGAAGAUCUACGUCUUCCAGCUCCUCACGCGGGCUUCCUUCGAGGUGUGCUUCUUGAUAGGCCAGUAUCUGCUCUACGGUUUUGAGGUGGAAGCAUAUUACGUCUGCAACAGGGUCCCAUGUCCCCACACCGUGGACUGCUUCGUGUCCCGGCCCACGGAGAAGACCAUCUUCCUGCUGGUGAUGUACGUGGUAAGCUGCCUGUGCCUGCUGCUGAACAUGUGCGAGAUGUUCCACCUGGGCUUCGGGACCAUCCGCGAUGCCAUCCGCAACCGCAAAAUCAACAGCUUCCGCCAGCCGCCCUACAACUACGCCUACCCCAAGAACAUCUCCUGCCCUCCCGAGUACAACCUGGUCGUCAAAUCCGAGAAGGCCACCAAGAUCCCCAACAGCCUGAUGGCCCACGAGCAGAACUUGGCCAACGUGGCCCAGGAGCAGCAAUGCACCAGCCCCGACGAGAACCUGCCCGCCGACCUGUCCACGCUGCACAAGCACCUGAGGGUGGCCCAGGAGCAGCUGGACAUCGCCUUCCAGAGCUACAGCAGCACCCAGGCCAACACCCAGCCCUCUCGGACCAGCAGCCCCGCCUCGGGGGGCACUGUGGUGGAGCAGAACAGGGCCAACACCGCCCAGGAGAAACAAGGUGCUAAGCCCAAGGCCUCACUGGAGAAAGGCAGCUCCAGCAGUAAAGAUGGGAAGACAUCCGUGUGGAUAUAACUGUGUCAGGAAGCCGUGAGAGGGGCUUUGGUUUUGGUUUAUUUCUGGUUUUCGGUGUUAUCUCGCGUGUGUUUCGCAGGGCACGGUUUUUGCAUGGAAGUCGAGAGAGUGAAAGGAGUGUUGGACCAAUUUAGUGCUGUCUUCCAGUUAACAAAAGACAUUUCUUCCCUGUUUCAAACGUGUUCUCCAACUGGGAACCUCCAGCGUUGUAGUGCGUUCAUUAAGUUCAUUUAAUUCCUCCCCCAUUUUAUGUAUCUGCUCCCCCCCAUUUAUUACAGCGACCUGAGUGGGUGCUGCUGGUGAUAGAGAGACGGUGACUCUUGUAUCUUGAUCAGAAGGCUUGAUUUAUUAAGAUAUGAUAUAUAAUACAUUAUGACUAUACUAAAUAGAAUAUAGAGAGAGGUUUGCAGAGCUGCUAGCUAAGCUAAGAAUAGAUAGAAAAGAAUCCCAAACAAAGUUGUGUCCAGGGACUCAGUCCCCUCACUUGCCCUGGUGAUUGGCCCUUAAUUAUAAACAUAGGAAAUGAGCCAAUCAAGGUGUCCCUGUUGCAUUCCACAGCAGCUGAUAAUAAUUGUUUACCUUCUCUUCGGAGGCCUCUGGCCUCCCGAAGACACAGAAAUCUGAAAGAAAGGAUUUCUGUGGAAAAAUGUCUGCGACACCCCAUUUAUGCAUGAUCCAGGUGACCAUGCUGAUGCUUUAAUUUAAUACAGAAAUAGCCCAUCACAGAAAAUGGCUGUAAUUACACCCAUAGUCCAUUGAGGAGAAGGAUGUCCCUCAGAGUUCAAAAAACAAGUUUGAUGACAGAAGGCUUCACCUAGAGCAGCCUCUGCAUCCACAGUGAGUGCACUCAAUGAUUCUGCCCACUUCCAGCUUGCUUUUGGGGACCCUGCAGAUGCAGUUGGUGCCAAAGUUGGUGUCCCGAGUCUGGAUGCAGCGCAGGCAGCAGAGGUUCUCAUAGCCCUGCUUCUUCCACUUGGCUAUCAGGUUUUUGUCAGCAUAGCCCUCCUUGAUGCAGUACUCAUAGAGCUCUCUGCUGAUUGCUUUCCUCUUGUAGAAGACAUCAAAGAUGUAACGUGUUUUCUGGUGGUGGAUCCUGAAGAUGGGCCAGAGAGACUCCACUUUCCUCUUCCCUUCGUGUGGCUCUGUCUCAGCUUCUCUCAUCUUCUGGUCCAGCUCGUCCAGCGUGGGCUCGAUCAGCUCCCAGCCAUCCGGGGGCGGCUUCCUGCUCCCCUUCACUUUGGGCAUUGCCUCGGCAGCGAGAGGGCCAAAGGGCGAGGGGAACUGCCAGCACUCCCUCAAGAGUCACACCGCCGGCCCCUGCUCCACCCACUGUCCCCAAGUCUGGGGGUUCACUGGGGGGAAAGAAAGGAAUUUAGGUGGUGGGACCUGGCCCCAAGUCUGGGGAAGCAGACCCCACAGGAAAGGGAAAACCAAAAACGAAAGGGGUGAGGACUGUCCCCAGAAGAACACCCCGCGCCGAGAGGGCCCCUACCGCACAGAGAGAGGGCAGAGCUUCCCCGCGCCCGCCGGCACGAAUUCUGAAGGACAGCAAAACACGCUGCAGAGAAACAAUGCAGCUGUGUAUACUGCUUUUAAAAUCCCCGAGCAGCAGCAGCAGCAGCAGGGAGCCGGGGCACACCGAGCGGCAGACCGAGACCCCCCGCCCCGCGCCGAGAGAGAGAAUUUCCCCCGGCCACGAGCAGCGCCCAGAGACCAGCCCUCAAGGGAAGAAGGGUCGGGAGCAGUCCCCAGCGCAGGGAGGGCUCCCAGGGAAAAUUAAAAAGGCCGCGGGGGUAACCACCGAGUCCGGGGCUCACCUGAUCCAGCAGCGGUGCAAAGGAAAAGUUCAGGCGGAUGGUUUCUCGUCUCGAAGCCCUCCUCAGGUGCGGGGAGUUGCGGCUUCGAAUCCCGUCGUAAGGCCUCGGGCUGUGCUGGUUGCGGACUGGAUCGCUGCUAAACGACGAGAAGGAAGGAGUUGGACACUCGCCAGGGGGGCUAACCAGGUUUAUUGGAAAGCCCACGAUGUAUCAGCGAAUGACCCAGAACAAAGGGUGCCUCAGGGUUAUAAAGGGAAGGAGUGGACCCGGGAGGGGUUUACAGAAGACCAAUGGGGGGAGAAGAAGGGAUGAGCUUAACACAAAUGACAAAGUGGAGAGCCCAAUAGGUACCAGGUAUGGGAGGGGCCCCGGGACCACAGCCAACCACAACCCCCAAAGAGGAGAAGCUUCUGGAAUGCUAGGUGGAGUGGGGGGGGCGGGGGGUGAUUGACUUGGCCCAGGAAGGAGAAAAAGCAUACCUGUAAGGGAAAAAGGGGAGGAGGAAUUAUAUAACCUAAAAGAUUGACAAUAGAACUGGCAGGGCUGUGGCGGGAAAACUGAGGAGGGCAGAACCAUUUUACACAAAAUGGGGGGGAGCAGAUGCAUAAAAUCAGGGAGGAAUUAAAUGAACUUAAGGAACACACAUAUGAACACACUACAACACUCCAGUGAGUAACAGCAAACCCUCCCCACCUCCCAGCCCCUGGCUCAGCACCAGAGCCCCCAGCAGAGACUGGACAAUGUGCUGUGCUGGGAAGAGGAGCUGCUGGUGGCUCAGGAGAGAAGCUAGGCUGACAGGGAUCAGCCACCCUCCUGCAUGGCAAGGCUCGAGUGCUGCAGGCCAGGCAGCGUUUAAUUACUAAACACCCUUAAUCAAAUUAAUUCCUGAUCCUUUGGUAAGAAAACCACUGACAUAUUGCAGGGACCUUGGUGGCAGGCUCACAGCUGAUGGCCUGCCUGGGCUGGCACAUGCCAAUGAGGGCCUUGUUGGAUGCUGUGAACCAGAACUGGCACUGUUAUGAACAAAAAUUCAGUUGAUUUUUUUCUGUGAGAAAAAGGUUACCAGUACUGCUGGGCUGCUGCCUGUGUUAUGGUAAUUACGGGUCGUUGUCGUUAAUGGUUGUUUUUGUAUUAGUAAAAGCCCUGGCUGGGGCGAGGUAAUGGCCCUUCUCUGAGACAGUAACGGGUGGGGACAUCCCGAACAGUGAGGAGAAGAGACCUGGAGGGGGGUUUUGCAAAGUGACUCCAGGACCAGCAUGCUGUGUGGGACUACGGCUCCAAACGUACUGAGAAAACCCCAAAAACAACGAGCCAAAUAAGAGCUGAGAGACUGGAGUGGUGUCUGGCCGUGAGGAGCCGAGUGCUGGGCCUGCAGAGAUGGGGAACACCUUCGGAGCCCCUCUCGCCCUGACCACGGGAGUCGUGCCCAGCGCCGACUCUGCUCCAAACCCUCAGUGACAUUGUGUCCUACUGGUGCCUGUGUAGCACUCGCUACAGAUGUGAUGGGAAUUGUUGCAGUUACAGGGUUAUAACAAACUGCUGCUUCACAUCAUCAGAAAGUGCCUUUAUGCAACCAUGAAAACAAAAGUGUAAAGAGUCGAGGCUCCUUUACUUGCUGAAUUUUUGGCAAUUGGCGUCGGCAAACUUGUUUUUCUGAUCAAUUGAGGAAAAGCACUGUUGGCAAAUUUGUUUUUCUGAUUAAUUGAGGAAAAGCACUGUUGGCAAAUUUGUUUUUCUGAUUAAUCAAACCCUUAUAAAUAGUGGCAGGAGGCAGAUCUA